AUGGGCCCCCUUCAGCUGAGUUCGACAGAAGCUAAUGGCUCUAGUGCGCCGCAUAAACUUAUCCUUGCGGAGCAGGUAGUUGAGCUACUUGAGUUAAAUGCAGAGCAUUCUGACAGUCCUAUGAUUAAAUUUACGGCCAACGACGGUACUAUCAAGACCGGGCACUGUUCAUGGGGUCAAUUUAGGCAGAUGCCGCGUGCAUUGGAGAUAUACCAAAGGGAUGGGGGAGAAUCUCUGAACCCAAAUGUUAAACUGAUGAUCGUUCUAUACUACAUUCUAGGCAAACAAGCAUGGACGCAUUGGUUUGGUCGAAGGAUUGUGAAGAGCCCAGAUGCUGUGGGGCAGAUUAAGGAGUAUCAGGGGGUUAUCUUCGGGACUGCGACGGGGCUUCGGCCCAUGGUCUUAGCUACCGCCCUGGUUAAGGGAAAAUGCCUGCAAGUGGUUUUCCCAAGCAUCACCAACCUCCCACUUAAAGAUCAGCAGUAUUUUGCAAGGUAUUGGGCAGCAGAGUCAUCAAAAUUCGCCCAUUACUGCAAUUCUCACAAUAGUACUUUUAUUCUCCUUCGCCCAGGCAUGAUAUAA